GCUAAGGAAGAAAAAGCCCGCGUUUGAUACCCAAAUUUUGUCCAAAUUUUGUCGCAUUCUUUUCUCUCUUAAUUUAAUUACACACUUCCCUUUUGCUUUGCUCGAUCUUCUCUCUUUUUCGUUUCUCUCUUCUUUCACAGUGCUCUCUCUGAGCUCUGCAAUGUUAUCAACCAGUUUAUGGGAACUUCCUUCUUCCUCUGCCAUUUUGUACAUCUUUCUUACUCUAUUUUCAUUCCUUAUGUCCAUUUCAGUAGCUUGCUUUAAUGGAAAUUGCCAGGUUCUGGAAGCUUGUACGGCUGCCACAGAUUGUGGGUCAGGUCUCUAUUGUGGGAAUUGCCCUGCUUCUGGCAAGAAUCAACCUGUUUGUACUCGAGGCCAAGCAACUGUUCCUACUUCUGUUAUUAAUGGUUUGCCAUUCAACAAGUACACUUGGUUGGUGACUCAUAACUCGUUCAGUAUUGUUGAUGCUCCGUCUUUGGAUGGAGUUCAGAGAUUGACAUUUUACAAUCAAGAGGAUACUGUAACUAAUCAAUUAAGAAAUGGUGUGAGGGGACUGAUGCUGGAUAUGUAUGAUUUCCAAAACGAUAUCUGGCUUUGCCAUUCUUUCAGGGGACAAUGUUUCAACUUCACUGCUUUUCAACCAGCAAUUAACACAUUAAGAGAAGUGGAAGCAUUCUUAACUGAGAACCCUUCUGAAAUAGUGACUAUUAUAAUUGAAGACUAUGUGCAUACUCCAAAGGGGUUGACAAAUCUUUUCACUAGUGCUGGGCUGGACAAAUACUGGUUUCCAGUAUCAAAGAUGCCAAAGAAGGGAGAAGAUUGGCCUACAGUAACUGACAUGGUGCAACAGAAUCAUCGGCUUCUUGUUUUCACAUCCAUCGCAUCGAAGGAAGCUGAAGAAGGAAUUGCUUACCAAUGGAAGUACAUGUUGGAAAAUGAACCUGGUGAUCCUGGAGUUGUACCUGCUUCAUGCCCUAACCGAAGAGAAUCGAAACCACUGAGAUCAAGAAGUUCUUCUCUCUUCCUCCAGAAUUACUUCCCAACAUAUCCAGUGGAAGCCGAGGCUUGCAAGGAGCAUGCAAAUCAACUUUUUAAUAUGAUCUCCACAUGCUAUAAAGCAUCUGGGAAUAUUUUGCCAAACUUUUUGGCUGUUAACUUCUACAUGAGAAGUGAAGGUGGAGGAGUCUUUGAUGCUUUGGAUAAGAUAAACGGCCACACGCUAUGUGGAUGUAGCACACUUGCUGCCUGCCAGGCUGGAGCUCCUCCUGGCACUUGCAAGAGUAUUCCAGCACCUAACACUGGCUCAAUGAGCAGUACCUCUGGUAGCUUUACCGGGUCUGUUCAAUUCUCGAAAUCAUCAGCUUCGACAGUCCAUACGCCAAAUCUUUUGGUUCUCUGGUUUUUCUACUUACCAUUGUUGGCAUUCUUAAAAACCACAAUCAACACUCAUCUAAUUGGACUUUGAGCAACUAUUCAUGGAGGUUAAUCUAUAGUAUAUUGUAUGUAAAGAUUGAGAGUCAUACCUGGUGUGCAUCCCAGCCAUCCUAUAGAGAUUGCCAAAAUUGGCUAUUAGAGUGAGACUCUAACAUUAAAGGAAAUACAUGUUGAGAUUUUCAUCCAGGGAAGGUAAGUAGUUGCAGAGGUACAGGAGGAUCAGAAACUGAAAUAGAUUUGGCAUACGACACGAGCUAGUUCAGGUUUCCUUGGAGGCAAAGUGAAACAGUGUUUGGCAUGAGUGGCUGUAAUGCAAUCAUCUCUCUUAUGGAUUAUAUUGAAGACUUCUUAAUAUCCUUUUGUUUGUCCUGGUUUGCUUCCUAUCUUAAUUGGAUAACUGUCCCACUCAAUUCAUUAUAGCACCUUUCAUCCUGCCUACUAUUGAACCCAUCUCAUCAAGAAACUUGUUUGAGAGAUUGAAAAUAUUAACUCAUUCUGUUAAAUUAGACUUAAUAUACAUAUUUAUAACCA